AUGAGGCGGCGGGGCAUCGGCUCAGAUCACAUGACCGGCUGCUGGCGUGUGGACUCUUUCAUUCAUAAAGAGUUCUCCUUCUCCUUCUUCUUCUCCUUCUCCUUCUCCUUCUUCUUCUCCUUCUUCCCCUUCUCCUUCUCCUUCUUCUCCUUCUCCUUCUUCUUCUUCUUCUUCUCCUUCUUCCCCUUCUCCUUCUCCUUCUCCUUCUUCUCCUUCUCCUUCUUCUUCUUCUUCUUCUCCUUCUCCUUCUUCUCCUUCUCCUUCUCCUUCUCCUUUUCCUUCUUCUCCUUCUCCUUCUCCUUCUUCUCCUUCUCCUUCUCCUUCUCCUUCUCCUUCUCCUUCUCCUUCUCCUUUUGA